AUGAAAGAAUUUACCGUAGUAUUAUAUGCCGGUGGUAAUAAUCGUGUCAUACCCGAUUCAUCUCUUCCAAAAUCUCUUCUACCGAUUGCCAAUCGUCCAUUGAUUUGGUAUACACUUGAAAUUAUUCAAUCACAUCCAUCGCUUGCUUCAUCGCCACUAUUGAUCUUAACCUCGGGACAAUAUCGGCAAGUGCUCGAUAGUUAUCUUUCAACAUUAAAUAUAACCUAUGAACUCGUCACUUAUCGGCAACAUCAUGAAUCGACUAGUGGUGGUGAAGAUCAACAACAAGCACCCGAUGAAUUAGGAACAUUAGAUGUUCUUCGUUCAUGUUAUUCCCGUAUUCGAACUGAAUCGAUUUGUUUGAUAACAUGUGAUCUUUUCGGAAAAGUUAAUCUGACGCCGUUGGUCAAUAUGUUCCGUGUGAGAGAUGCAUCGCUAUGCAUGCUAUUACUUAAAGCAACAACAUCGUCUACGGGAAAAGAACCAGUAGCUCAACCUGGACAAAAGAUGAAGUUUACUCCAGAACUUGAAUAUUAUACCGUUGAUCAAUCGACGAAUACAAUCACAUCAAUUCAGCUGAAAGCGGAUUUAGAACAAGUUUUUCCUUUGAGACAAGCGAUUCUUAUCAAUCAUCCGCGAACAACUAUUCGCACCGAUUUAGCUGAUGCUCACAUCUAUUUAAUCAAAAAAUCCUGUCUUGACAUCGGCAAUCGUUCUUCAUUCUCAUCCUUUCGAAAAGAAUUUCUUCCAAAACUAAUUCGACAAAUUGUCACUGAUAAACCACUUGAAGAUCUUGUUGAUCAGGCGAAUAACAAACGAACGAUGAUGCGACAGAAAACAAUGGACAUGGACGAUCAUGGAGAUCUAUCAAGAAUCUUAGAGCAAUACGACUGUGAUGAUAAACAAAUUCGAGGUGGAUGCUAUUACGUUACAGAUGAAACACAACUAUUUCGUGUGAAACAUGUCAUCGCAUAUUUAGAAGCCAAUCGACAUGCUGCAGCAUUAAUUUCAUCGUAUACGAAUGAAGAUAUCCUAUUUAAAGAUCGCAUUGAACAAGUUCAAAUUGGAAACGAUUGUGUUGUUGGCGAUGGUUACGAAAUAGGAAAGAAGACAAAGAUUAUACGAACGAUUAUUGGAAAGAAUUGUCGAAUUGAAGAUAAAUGCAAGAUUAUCAAUUGCGUUCUUUUGGAUCAUGUUCAUGUUAAAGAAGGAGUUACUUUACAAAAUUCGAUCUUAUGUUCUCGUUCGACGAUUGGAGCGGAAAGUGAACUACAAAAUUCGAUUGUCUGUUCGAAUCAACAAGUAGAUGGAAAACGAAAACUAAACGGUGAAACAAUCUCAGCGGCUAGCAAUGAAUCUGUCGAGUAUAUGCUGUUGGACGAUGAACCGUAA